GACAAAUGGGAUUUUCCAGUGAUACCUAAAAUCCCUGAUGGAAAAACUGGAAAAACCAGGUUUGACAGUCAUAAGUGGACAAAGCCCAAACAUGAACAAAACCAAGGCCUUGAAAUUUUAGAAAAAUUAGGAUUAAGAUGA